GUAGCCGCAGUGAGGAUGGUCGCAGCGGCUCAUAAUUUAUUUGGCGAACAUGGUUUAACUGUCCACAGCGCUGUCAGAUGGAUCUGGCUUCACUCUCACUCUGCGUCUGCGUUGUGAUGGUCUGUGUACCUGGAGUUACACAUUGCUCCAGUUCAGACUGUUGCCCAGAAAUUCCUACCUACCCUUUGACUAAACCUCCAGAACAGAAAUGCUUCAAAAUUAACGAAACUUUCCGCUACACAUGUAAUGACGGUUUCUUGAGGAAAGCUGGAACCUCAAAUCUCAUCAGAUGCAAGGCAGGAGAGUGGACCCGGUGCACCCUUACCUGUAUACCUGACCCACACAGAACCACAACAGAACCGCCAAGGACCACAGUACCGCCAAGGACAACAGUACCAAUGGAACACACUGAUACUUCCUAUGACUCCAUCAUUACCACCACAGUCACAACUUCCACCAGCCAACAGUUAACCCCCAGUGCAAGCAUCUCAACAUCAGUGUCUUCACUACAAACAGAAAGUACAGAGCCAACCUCAUCUGGACCUGAUCAAUGGAGCCUGUCAGAUACCACACAGGAAGUAGAGACUGUGACCGUGACCAGGGCAGCGACCUGUACAUCAACCUCCACAUUGUCACCGAGCACUGUUAAUAGUACCUCCAAGCAUGAGCUCAAUAUUGGAUCUCAGGGAAAAACAGCAGUGGCGGUCUCUUGUGUUUCACUCAUCAUCAUCGUUGCUGGGAUCGGGAUGGGGUUCUGGAUCCACUUACAUUGCAGAAAGAGGAGAAACACCGACAUACCACCGCCGGAAGAAAUGAGUCCCAUCAAUCCAAAACCAUCAUCUGAAAUGGCGAUGACAUGUUAA